AUGGCCCAAAGUCAGCCGUCGUUGGUUCUUCUCAAUAGGCUAUUAAGCUUAAAGGAGCCAUCACAUUUUCUCUUAUGCAUAGAUUCUCUAUUUCAAUCGUCGUUUCACUUCACCAGAGAGCUUGUGCGAUGCCUUCCCAAGGAGACACCUAUAAUCUACUUGUCUUUUGAAACGAUAAACGCUCCCAGUUUUGCCACCGACUUUUUGAGAUGUGAUCAAAGAUCCAUUCAAGAUAUUUCCAACAACGUUUCGAAAUUGCACAAGGAUUCAACGUCGAAGAAACUCGUGUUGAUUGACAGUUUAAAUUUCAUCAAGAAUGAGGAACUAGCUUCGUUUAUCAGGUCCAUUGCUGACCCACAAACGAUCGUAUUUGGCACUUAUCACCAAAACAUACCUCGCACAUCACCUGCACAGAGUGAGUUAAAAGAUAUUCCUCCUGCUUUGUCUUUAUUGCAGUUUAUUGCCUCUAGUAUAUUCGAAAUCAGCCCCAUCAACGUGGUGGAAAAUGGUAUUAAUAAAGAAGGAACCAUAGAGGAGGAGGUAAUGGAGUCUUACCUAUCGAAGCUUUAUCUUCCGAGAAACAUUUGCAACAGAGACACUUAUAAACUCAUACUCACUAAUCGUCGGAAAUCGGGGAGGGCUCUCAUCUAUAAGUUCAAGAUUGAUUCCCAGUCUCAUACAUUUUCCGUAUUCACAGAAGAAAAAGAUACGGACGAACAACAGCCCCAAACAGAGGCCGAUUUGCUGCGGUCUUUGACUACCUUCAGUCUUACGACUUCUUCUAGACAGCAACAGGCUAAGGAGCAGGUUGAUCUUCCCUUUCUGGAAGCCCAGUCCUUCGGCGCAGGAGGUGCGAUUGUCUACGAGUAUGAGAAAGAUGAUGAUUACGAUGAAGACGAUCCGUAUGAAGAUCCUUUUUAA